UUGAGAAUUUUCUUUCACAGAUCAACCGAAGAAACUAAACCAGAAACCUCUGUGGAAGUGAAUUUAACGAUCUAGGGUUCUUUUCAAGAGUACAGAGUUUUUCUUGUUCUGCCACAUUGACAAUGGCAAUUUCAUUUUCUUCAUCUACUACUUUGAUUUCGCCACGAAUUCACUCUCAAAGUAGCUCAAAGAAUGCAACGAAGUUUCAAACUUUAUUAUCUUAUCAAAACCCUCGAUUAUCUUAUCAGAUUUCUUCAAAAAAGUCGUUUACUGGAGAAUUUAGUGUUCACUGUAAUGAAAAUUACUUUCGGCGGAAAUUUACAAGAAAACCCAAAUUCAGAAUCUUUGCUAUAAAAGAAGAAUCACAAUUUUCAACCCAACCUAGUAAUAAUAAAAGUAGAAUUCUUGUUGGUUCUGCAAUUACUGUUGUUUUAGCUGUUGCUAAUCGCGUUCUUUACAAACUUGCUCUUGUUCCUAUGAAAGAAUAUCCUUUUUUUCUUGCUCAGGUCACUACUUUUGGAUAUGUGGCAUUUUAUUUUUCUAUCUUGUACCUAAGAUAUUGUGCUGGAAAAGUAACCAAAGAAAUGCUAGCCCUCCCGAAGACUAGUUUUUUGAUCAUCGGUAUAUUAGAAGCACUUGGAGUUGCUGCAGGGAUGUAUUCUGGAGCUAUGCUUCCUGGACCAACUAUACCAAUACUGAAUCAGACAUUUUUGGUGUGGCAGCUGAUAUUUUCUACCUUAAUUUUAGGAAGAAAAUACUCAUUUAAUCAAAUUGCUGGCUGCUUGCUCGUAGCUGCUGGUGUUGUUGCAGCUGUUGCUAGUGGGUCAAACGAUGGUCAAAUGCUGUCCAACAUUGCAUUUGUGUGGCCAGCAAUGAUGUUAGCAUCAACUGCAUUUCAAGCUGGUGCAUCCAUUCUCAAGGAGUUUGUCUUCAUUGAUGCGGCAAAGCGCUUAAAGGGCAAACCACUUGAUAUAUUUGUCGUCAACUCUUUCGGAUCUGGAUACCAGGCUCUCUUCGUACUGCUCUUCCUUCCCUUCUUAUCAAGCUUGAAAGGUAUACCAUUUGCCGAACUUCCUACCUACCUCAAGAGUGGUGCCGCUUGUUUUUUAAACAUCGGCAACCAGGUUACAGAUUGCGCAGGAGCACCUUGGUUACCGCUACUUUUCAUAUCCACAAAUGUGGCUUUCAACAUUUCCUUGCUUAAUCUGGUCCAAAUCUCCUCGGCCGUGGUUUCUUCCCUUGUUACAACACUAGCAGUUCCAGUUACCAUUUUCAUUCUUACGCUUCCAUUGCCUUAUCUUCCUGAAGCUACAACCUUGAGCCCAUUCUUCCUAGUUGGAAGUGUAAUUCUCGUGUUAGGGCUUCUUGUCUAUUACAUACCCCAGCGUACCAAACCAAGUUCACAGAUUUGAUUCAGUUGACAUAAGAAAAAAAGAGUACAACCAAUUAAUUGGCGACACUUUAUAGUGCAUUAUUCUUUCUAAAGGAUAUAUCAAUAAUCUGAUUCAGGUUGUAUUGUUAGAGAUCAGUUGAUCCAUGUCAGAAAGGUUUUUUUUGUAUCCUUACUCUGACAUUAUCGUUUCACAUCAUAUGUCAGAAAGCGGUUACAGGUAAGUGAUCCAAGUAUAUUUAAUACCGUGAAGCUCCUUGUAUGUAACUGUGAUUUACAGUAUUGGCUUGGAAUUGUAUCAUGUUUUCUAGAUCUAUAGGAAGUAACUUGGCAGGUGAAAGUGCUUAAAAUCACUAACUUUCCUCAAGUUCAAAACUAGUUCUGUAAUCUAUCUAUCUAUAUAUAGCAUGGCUCUUACCACCA